CUGUGGAGAAGGAACAAGGACACCAGUGUGAGGCGAAGUUGUAGUAGGUGGGGGUAUCUUGGUUGGUGGGUACUGUAUUUGCCUACAUUUACGGGCAGCGGACUUUCCGAAGAAACAUACUUACAACAAAGGCUAAAGGCAUAUUCCAUUCGGCAUCUCACGGGACAUCGUCUCCAGUCUCGACCAACCAUUUAUAGGCUUCACUUCGGUCCCGAGAAUCAAUAAGCAAGAUGGCGACCACCAGUGCUUUGAAUCUGAGCACGUCUUCCUCAGCCUGGAUCCGUCAAAAUCGUUCUUUUAGUCAACGUACUGAUUCAUCAUUGAUCCGCCCUGCUCGCCGUGUCUUCGUUGUCCGGGCUUCCGGAUCUUACAACGACGAGCUCGUCAAAACCGCUAAAACCAUUGCAUCUCCUGGAAGGGGAAUCCUUGCCAUUGAUGAAUCUAAUGCUACAUGCGGAAAGAGACUGGCAUCUAUUGGUCUGGAAAACACAGAGCCUAACAGACAAGCUUAUAGGCAGCUUUUGCUGACAACCCCAGGCCUUGGUGAGUAUAUUUCUGGUUCUAUCCUUUUCGAGGAGACACUUUACCAGUCAACUACAGAUGGGAAGAAGUUUGUGGACUGCUUGCGUGAUGAGAACAUAGUGCCUGGGAUCAAGGUUGAUAAGGGUUUGACCCCCCUCCCAGGAUCAAACAAUGAAAAUUGGUGCCAAGGUUUAGAUGGCUUAGCUUCUAGAUCUGCUGAGUACUACAAGCAAGGUGCCCGUUUUGCAAAGUGGAGAACUGUUGUGAGCAUACCUUCUGGUCCUUCUGCUUUGGCUGUAAAAGAAGCAGCAUGGGGUCUUGCUCGCUAUGCUGCUAUUUCUCAGGACAAUGGUCUUGUACCGAUAGUGGAGCCUGAGAUUCUUCUUGAUGGGGACCAUCCUAUAGAAAGGACUCUUGAGGUUGCAGAGCGAGUAUGGGCAGAGGUGUUCUACUAUCUAGCUGAAAACAAUGUUUUCUUUGAAGGAAUUCUACUUAAACCUAGCAUGGUUACCCCGGGGGCUGAACACAAAGAGAAGGCUUCCCCGGAUACCAUUGCCAAGUACACUCUCACUAUGCUGAAAAGGAGAGUCCCUCCUGCUGUUCCUGGGAUCAUGUUCUUGUCAGGAGGACAAUCUGAAGUGGAAGCAACAUUGAACCUGAAUGCAAUGAAUCAAAGUCCAAACCCAUGGCACGUGUCCUUCUCUUAUGCACGUGCACUCCAAAACAAUGUCUUGAAGACUUGGCAAGGACGCCCUGAGAAUGUGGAAGCCGCACAAAAAGCACUACUGGUUCGUGCAAAAGCAAACUCCCUGGCUCAGCUCGGGAAAUACUCAGCUGAAGGUGAAAGCGAGGAAGCUAAGAAGGGAAUGUUUGUGAAGGGUUAUACCUACUAAGUGCGUUGAAUCAUAAUUGUGCAACAACUUGUAUCUCGGCUGCUGCCUAAGUAGAGAGUAUUUAUCUAGAGACCAUAUCCUUCAUUAAUUCGGCUCUUUACACACUUCAAAUAAUGUCUGCCAUCACUAGCUUAAGAUCGCUCAACUCUUUACCUUGUGAUGCUUUUAUAUUGUUUCCUGCUGUGUCCAUCCUAUGGGCGCCUGCUCUACCAUUUGAUCUAUGAACACGUUUUCUUUUUCUUUGUCUUUUUUGGAUAAGAAAACGGUUAAAAUUGAACACGUAUUCUAUUUUUUGUGUGGAAAGAUCUUUUUUUUUUGUAAUUAAGCUUUAGGUAGACAUGAAUAUGGGAAUGGCUUCGGCUAUUUGAAAUAUUAAUUAUUAAUACAAGUAGCGUUAAGAAUUUGAUUA